CUUAAAAGUGGGGCUGUUCCUUCCCUGUUUGCCUGGAAUAACUUCACUGCACCGGCAAUGAGAGAGUCUGCUUUCGAGAGGGCGAAGAAACGGCAGUUUGUCCUCUCAGAAAGCGAGCCAGGCUGAAGAUGCUAAUGCAGACCAUGACUACAUGGCACAUCCACCCGCAGGUGCACUUGAUGAAGCUCUGGAUUAUAUCAAGGAGUUGGAGGCCAGACUUCAAAAAGUGGAUUUGUCUGCCACACUUUUUAGCCGCUACUGUGCCUCUGAUGACCAGAUCCGGUUCUACACCAAAUUUCCAUCUGAAUGUGUAUUCCGGAUCUUCUGGGAGUCCAUUGCACCCUCUUCAUCAUGUCUGGUGUACUGGACCAGAGCACAGAAACUUGGAGAGGAAGCAUGUGCUGAAGCCAGCCCUGCCUGCUGCAUGCCUCUGAUUGAUGAGUUCCUGAUGCAAUUCAGGGUAGCAGUGGGCAUCAAGGAGCAGCUCAUUGCUGACAUGUUUCAAGUCAGCAUAGCUACUGUCAGCCGAGUGACCAUCACCUGGGCCAACUACCUCUUCACUGUGUUCUCUUCCAUCAACCUGUGGAUUAGUCGUGAGAAGGUAAAAGCCAGUAUGCCUCAGAAAUUUCUGAAGUUCUCUCCAAAUGUCCGUGUCAUCUUGGACUGCACAGAAGUUGCUCUGGAAGCGCCGUCAUCCCUCACCUUACAGUCUGAAACGUUCUCUGCCUACAAGAACCACACCACUCUGAAAGGGCUGAUUGGAGUUGCUCCCUGUGGGUUGGUGACAUUUAUUUCAGCGUUGUAUACAGGCUGCAUCGCCGACAAAGAAAUAAAGAAGGUCAGUGGAAUCCUUCCUCUGCUUGAGCUGGGAGAUGAAGUCAUGGCAGAUAAAGGCUUCCUCAUUCAAGACCUCCUUCAUGAAGUUGGAGCCAAACUCAUCAUUCCACCAUUUAGGCAUCCUGGUCAGUUCAGCAAGGAAGAGACAGAGGAGACCCAGACCAUUGCUCAGCUGCGGAUCAUUGUAGAGCGAGCAAUCGCUAGAGUUUGGCCUCUGGCUGUUUUUACAGCCAACUGGACACAGGCUUUCCGCAAAAACCUGUUGCAAGAGGGUAAAAGUCUACUUGGAACGUGUCCAUUUAGGGAAAAAUGGGAGAUAUCAGCUGUUGCCAGAACGGGACACUUUAAACCACGCUGCACACUGCCUCCCAAAAACCCACCACAAUAG